AUGCUGUUCGCGGCCUGGGCGGCGAUGACCAUGCUUGGCUUCAUCGUCACGGGGCUAAUCCCGAACGAUGGGUUGGAGCCGGGGAAUCCCAAACGCCUUCUCAACGGCAUCGACUACGAAGGUCGCAUCUGCGGGGUGGGCACCACCGUACAGGAGCGAGAGAAUAUCUACUUCCUGCCGUCCGGAAACGGCGUGUGCGUGGAAGAAUGCCCGGCCACAACCAACUACACCCAGUUCAUCUGCUAUGACGAGGUCUACCCAGAGAUCUUCAACAACGAGACCGGCGAGGUUGACAUCCAGGAAGCCUGGACUCGAGUUUCGGCCGGGGAUUGCCUCUACCACAUGGCCACCACCAACAUCCUGAGCUACUGCGUCUUCGACUCAGUGAUUGACCUGGCGGAUGAGGCAGCCACGCUAGCUGUCGAGGCGGAGAUGGCCAACGCUCUCAACGGGACCAACGCUAACUACACGGUCGUCUCGUCUGACGUAUCGGAAUCCACGUGGUUCGAGGACGUAUUCGCUGACAUGCUGACUGCUCGAGGCCUGAUCGGCGGUUUCGGUCUGGGAGUCUCUGUCCUCGUCGGCACAGCGUACUUGUUAUUCCUCCGCAUCCCCGGGGUGCUGUUCCUCCUCAUCUGGGGCCUCCUGUUCGGCGUGUGGGCGAUCCUUGCCGGGGCCGGAGUGAUGCUACUUCAGACGUCGGAGACCUGGGGGGCGGAGGAAGAGCCUCGGAUUCACAGCGACGGGGAGGUUAACGCCGCCAAGUAUCUCUCCUACAUCAUGUUCGGGAUGUGCGUUGUGUGGGCCCUCCUGAUGCUGUGGUUCCGAAAGCGGAUUAAGAUGGCCAUCGCUAUCACCAAGGAGGCCAGCAGAGCGGUGAACGAUAUGAAGCUGUUGAUCCUGUUCCCGGUGGUUCAAUCCGCGGCUCUGCUGAUAUUCCUCCUGCCGUGGGUGACCUUCGUCCUCUACCUGGCUUCCAGCGGAGAGAUAACGACGGAACAGUGGGAAACAGGGGCGGGAACCACCAUAACCGUCAAGCAGUUCAAGUACACCGACAACAUACGCUACACCGCGCUCUACUUCCUUUUCGCCUACUUCUGGACCAGCGAGUUCAUUGUCGCCAUGGGACAGAUAGUGGUGGCCAUGGCGGUGGCGUCGUGGUACUUCUGCCGCGACAAGAGCACCAUCGGAAGCGGCACCGUGCUCUCCUCGGUGAAAACUUCCCUCUUCUACCACUCCGGCACCGCGGCCUUCGGCUCGCUCAUCAUCGCCAUCAUCAAGACCAUCCGCGCCAUCGUGGCGUACAUCCAGAAGAAGACCAAGGACACUCAUAACAAAAUACUUCAGGCGGUGCUGUGCUGCGUGCAGUGCUGCCUCUGGUGCCUGGAGAAGUGCAUGAAGUUCCUCAACAAGAACGCCUACAUACAGACGGCUAUCUUCGGGUACAGCUUCUGCACGGCCGCAAAGAAGGCCUUCUUCCUCAUCGCGCGCAACAUCAUGCGCGUCAUGGCGGUCGGGGUGGUCUCCGAAGUCGUCUUGAUCCUCGGCAAGGUGAUGAUCCCCCUGGUGUCGACGGUUCUCUUCUACGUCUGUGCCGAGGCCACCAUCUCUGACGAGCUCCACGGCAUGGUGGCCAUAUCGGUGCUGGUCUUCAUUGUGGCGUUUUUUGUGGCCAACAUGUUCACGGAGAGGGGGGGGGUAUACGGUCACGUUCGAUAUGGCCUCCACCCUGCCAUGCGGAAAAAGGAGAAACUAGACAAGUACCCCCCUACGCUGCCUACCUUCUUUCUGAGGCGAUUUAGGCUGCUAAGAGAGGACUAG